GCUCCCCAGCUGGCGGCUGUCCUAGACUCCGAGGGUGUCUCUUUCCUGCUGAACCCCUGUCCGGGUGACGGCCACAGGUCACGGCCGCCGGCUAAGCUGAGCCGCUGCGCUUGUUAGCACCCUAGGGCGUCUCGGGAGCAGUCACGCCGGGUCCAUGGAGAAGCCACGGGGAGUCAGGUGCACCAAUGGGUUCUCCGAGCGGGAGCUGCCGCGGCCCGGGGCCAGCCGGCCUGCCGAGAAGUCCCGGCCGCCCGAGGCCAAGGGCGCACAGCCUGCCGACGCCUGGAAGGCAGGGCGGCCCCGCAGCGAGGAGGAAAACGAGCUGAACCUCCCCAACCUGGCGGCCGCUUACUCGUCUAUCCUGCGCUCGCUGGGCGAGGACCCCCAGCGGCAGGGGCUGCUCAAGACGCCCUGGAGGGCGGCCACCGCCAUGCAGUUCUUCACCAAGGGAUACCAGGAGACCAUCUCAGAUGUCCUGAAUGAUGCUAUAUUUGAUGAAGAUCAUGAUGAGAUGGUGAUUGUGAAGGACAUAGAUAUGUUCUCCAUGUGUGAGCAUCACCUUGUUCCAUUUGUGGGUAGGGUCCAUAUCGGUUAUCUUCCUAACAAGCAAGUCCUUGGUCUCAGUAAACUUGCCAGGAUUGUAGAAAUCUACAGUAGAAGACUACAAGUUCAAGAGCGCCUCACCAAACAGAUUGCCGUGGCCAUCACAGAAGCCUUGCAGCCCGCUGGCGUCGGGGUAGUGAUUGAAGCCACACACAUGUGCAUGGUAAUGCGAGGCGUGCAGAAAAUGAACAGCAAGACUGUCACUAGCACCAUGCUGGGCGUGUUCCGGGAAGACCCAAAGACUCGGAAGGAGUUCCUCUCACUCAUCAGGAGCUGAACACCUGUGCUCGAGCCCUGGUCUGCAGA